AUGGGUUCUAAAUUGAAUAGUGAAAAGAAGAACAAAAUUUUUAGUCACGGAGAACAUUCCACAUGUUUCGAUACAAAAAAAAUUUUACAAAGGGACAAAGAAUAUAGUUAUAUGAAAGAAUGUUCUGUAAAUUUGGCUUCCCCGAUCAUUAUGAAGAGAUUGAAAAAGUAUACUAGAAAAAUAAUAGAGACUGCAGAGGAGCAUACCUUUGAACUGAACCAAAGAUACCCUAAACGGAGGAAAAUAGAACAUUAUCAAGAGAAACUACUCAAGAAUGAUUUCAUAGGACCAUUUAAUUCUGAACGUCAAACUAUCAUUUCUGUUAAAGACUUCCCUACACUUAAGUUUAAACCGGAACGUUAUAAGACUAAACGUUAUAAAACCAAACAUUAUACAACUCCAUUACUAUUUCCAAAAUUGAAUUCAGAGAUUGUUUUAGAUUUUAUUAAACAGCCAUCUGUAAAUAAACUCAUGAAGCUAUUGGAUUUAAUGUAUACUGAAUCUAUAAAUUAUCACAAACACUCAAAUGAUUUAAGAAACAAUGAACAAAGUAAGCAAAUAUCUAUAGAACUUGAAAAAUAUUUAUUUGAAUUAUGUUAUCAAAAAUUCUGUGAAUUAUGGAUGGACAAAACACCUAAUAUAUCAUUAUUAUCAACGAAACAACUCAAGCGAUUAAUAUGUACAUUACUUAGACAUACAAGAUGUAGAACAACUAUAAGUACCAUGAAUUUAAAAAAAUUAAUAUUAUACAAUGGAGGUUUAACAGGGUAUCCUAAAAAGCCGCACCUAGUACUGUGUAUUAAUAUAAUUUGUAACGUCUUCACUACUUUAUUGAGGAAAAGUUCUAGAAUGCACUCUAAGAAGAAUAGAAAAAAGGUAAAUUCCAAUAAAAACGGAAAAAAGUCUAUCAAACUCUAUGAAAAAGGCACAACAAAGAAAAAAGGUUUCUUAGAUAUUGUUAAUGAAUAUAAAAAAAUAUUAAAAACUGAUAGACUCAGUUUUUUUCAAGUAGCUGAUGUAAAGCAUGCAUAUAAAGGCAUUUUAGAACCAGGGCAAUACAUAACAAAAGAAGAUUUAGAUACAUGCGCGAAUGAUAAUUACAGGUUUAAAAUAGACGACGAUAUUAGUUUCCAUGAUUUCAAUGAUGACUUUGUUUUUGCUGAUAUGAAAAAUCCUGCCAGUGAAUCAACAUUUUUGGAUAGUUAUCUUAUUCCUAAUUUGGAUAACCAUUUUAACGAGCAUUUUAAUGAUUUUAAAUGUCCACCUAGUCUUCUUGAGUAUGUUAAAGCUGUCCAACCUAAUAAUUAUUCUGGUCUCAAUUAUGAUAAGGAAAAUGGGUCCAUAGAAGCAAUACAGAGAGAAGUUCAUAUUCAAAGUACUUCCAAAGAAGACCAUAAUAUUAAUAUGGACAUUUCUACUGAUGAUUUAGAGGGAACAACUGCUACAAAUUAUUCAGGAGCAGAAACUUCUUCUGGGAAUUUAGAACUAGAAAGACCUACAAAUACUUUAGUAAAGAAAAGAAAAUGUUCAAACAAUUAUUCAAAAAUAUGUGAAAAGUUUAUAUAUAAAUUAGUAUCAGAUCCAAUAACAUUAACUAAAUCAGAAAUAAGAAUGUUAAGAACUAUUAUUUUUGCAGAUAUGAACCCAUAUAAGGUUAAGUGGAAAAGGCGGAAAUCUUUUGAAAGAUCAAAAUGGUUUCAAUUUAUUGUAUAUUUCGGAAGUUUGAAAAUGGGACUUUGUGAUAAGCUUCACUUGGACUUUCUGGAUUUAAAAGGCAAAUAUAUAUGUGAUAUGAUAGAUAUCGAAAAAUUAUUGAAAUCAAUACAACUUGAUUCCUGCGUUUUGAAAGAAUAUUUUACCUUUACAGAUGUAGAAAAUAUUUUAAUUUGGCCAUUGGGUAAAAUGAUUGUUAGUAAUGUUAUUUCACAAAGGAGUCCAGCUAUUAUCCUUUUAUUUAAAUUUGUUAAAAAUAUCGUUAAUAUAGCAUCCAAUCAAGUUAAAGAUUCCUGUCGCAAUUCUGGACUAAGAAUUGUAUUGAAUAAAGAAUCUCUUUUUGAGAGUUUAUCUAAUGUUCGGAUAGUAAAAGACGUCCUUACUGAGCUAUCACUGAAAUAUGCAAAUAUUCAUACUUAUCCAUCACCAGUCGAUAAUGAUGAAUUUUCAAAUGUUGCGCCAGGAACAUCAAACUCGGAACAUUUUUGUGUCACAAACACAGGGUUUUGUAUAAAGAAAAACAGUUCAAAUGAAGAAAUAUGUAAGAGUAUGGUUAAUAUUCUUAAAUCAGAUGAUUCUAUUCAUCAGUCAUGGAAAGAAUGUAAUAAUUCAAGUAGGUUUAUAUCCAAGCUUUUGAAAGCUGGUAUCACAUUGCCAAUAAAAGAAAGCAAUACUGGACACGGUUCAAAAUUUGUUGAAGUAUAUGUAAAAUGGUUUUGUGAAGAAUAUCUUGAAGAUGAUAAAUUUUAUAAAUUGGCAGUAAGUAUUUUGAAAAAUAUUUUUCUUUAUAUUGAUACUGCAAGUGGAUGUACAGACAUUAAAGUUGAAGAUGCAAUUAAUAAUGCGUUAAUGAUAUUGUAUGAUCAACCGCGUUUUGCCAAGGCGUAUGAAACGUAUCUCAAUACCAAAUACCCUAAGUGUUUGUCUAAUUCAAAACAUGACAGUACUAAUGAUACCGAAAACCAAAAUGAUUUUAAAGGUGUCGAUAUAAGAGGUAUUGAAGAACUGCAAAUUGAACCAAAUGUAAAUGUUCAAACGGACCCGAUAGACACCAAUAAUGUUGAUAUGUCACUUGUUCCUAGCAAUAUACCCAUAUCUAAUGUGUUUGAUGUUUUAAAUAAUGUAAAUAUUAAACAUUUAGUUACUCCAGAUCUUCAAUCUACAAUUUAUGACAUAAACGACCCGAUGGACACCAAUAAUGUUGAUAUGUCACUUGUUCCUAGUACAUCUAAUGUGUUUGAUGAUUUAAAUAAUGUUACAAUUAAGAAUUCAGUUACUCCAGAUCUUCAAUCUACAAAUUAUGACAUAAACGACCCGAUAGACAACAAUAAUGUUGAUAUAUCACUUGUUCCUAGUACAUCUAAUGGGUUUGAUGAUUUAAAUAAUGUUACAAUUAAGAAUUCAGUUACUCCAGAUCUUCAAUCUACAAAUUAUGACAUAAGCGACCCGAUAGACACCAAUAAUGUUGAUAUGUCUUUUGUUCCUAGUACAUCUAAUGUGUUUGAUGAUUUAAAUAAUGUUACAAUUAAGAAUUCAGUUACUCCAGAUCUUCAAUCUAUAAAUUAUGACAUAAACAGUGAUUUUCUUUUUCAAAAUCUUAUAAAUGAAAAUUCUAAUAAUUUGAUGGAAAUUAUUGGUGAUAUUGAUGAUGGUACUAAUAUAUUUAAUAAUCCUGAUAUUGACAUGAUGGAUAUUGAUGAUCCUAAUUAUAAUAAUAUUCUUGGUUUUAAUGAGUUUAAUGAAGAUAGUCCAUUUGAUGAUGUCAUUCCAACAACAGUUAUGUCACUGGACUAUGAUUUAUCUAAUGGUAUAUUAGAGUCGGGUAACUUGGAAUUUCAACCAACCAAGAAUACGGAAGAAAUUACUCAAGUACCAAUAAACUCAAUUGAUUCAUUUAUUAUUUUUGGAGAGAAGGAAGAAGAGACAAAGUUACAACUUCAACAAGCCAAGAACAUGGAAGAAUUUUCUAUGAUAACCUCUGAUCAACUUGUUUAUUUUGACCAGAAUGACGAAAUAAACCUUAACGAACUUACAGAGACAGAUAUUGACAAUUAUGGUUUUUACAAUGCUGGUGUACUAUUGCCACCUUAG